GCGGCCGCGAACGUCAGAAAAGCCUCCCCCCUUCCUCCCUCUCCUGGUUUCGCCACACGCCGGGACGCCGGUGGCCGAUCUGAGCCGCUUGGCGAGUCGAAUUUAUUAUUAUUAUUAUCAUUAUUAUUAUUGCUGAAUUUCCUCCCCCCUCCCGCUUUCAUUUAGCAUUAUUAUUGUUUGCAUUCCUAUUGAAUGCAAAAAAAGAAAUAUUGUAUUUUCGCAUUGCUGUUCGAUGCAAAAAAGAAAAAUAGGAUUGCAUUUUUGCAUCGCUGCCGUUGGAGGGGCGGGCGGGGGUCCGUGUUGGCCUCUCUUGGAGGUCGGGUGGGGAAGCAAACCCGAGUGGAUUUGCAGGCGUUUUAAGAGUGGGCUGGAGCGCCUGGCCUUACUUUUCCGGUGCAUUGGCUUUGCAAUUGGCGGGGGAGCCUAGUGUGAGAAGAGCUAGCUGGGGGAGGGGUGUGUGUGACUCGGCUCGUGCAAAUUGCACGGGUGGGGGGAGGGGACGAGCCAAACCCGGCCUGUGCAAAUUCCACGGUAGAAGAGCGUAACCUGGCCAGUGUGCAUUGCACGGUGGAAGAGUCAAACACGGUGUGCAAAUUGAACAGUGGAAGAGCCAAACCCGCCCUGUGCAAAUUUCACACCCUGUGCAAAUUUCACCGUGAAAGAGCGUAACCUGGCCAGUGCAAAUUGUACCGUGGAAGAGCCAAACCCAGUGUGCAAAUUGCACAAAGAGCCCCAUAGAACCAGAGAGGUGGGUGGAUGGCUUUAGGAGUGCACCCCUAACCGUGGGUGCAAACUCCAGCAGCCCUGUGAUAUUUUUUUUAAAGCACUAGAGCAGUAAUUUAAGGUUAGGGACCAAAGAUGCUGAGGAUGCCAGAACAAGGUGUGGGGCUGGGCGACCUGGCCGGCAGCAGGAAGCUGAUGGCCUUAGGGGCUCUGGUGGGCUGGUUGCUGGUGGUCCACUUAUUGGUCAACGUCUGGCUGCUCUGCCUCUUAUCGGGGUUAUUGGCCUUACUGGGGGGCUGGCUGGGGUCCCAAGUGGUGGUCGGCACCAGCCACAGGAUUCACCUGGAGAGGUUUCUCACCCUGGAAGGCUGCCCUCCGGAUCCCAAGGCGGAGAGGGAGUUGGAGAAAGAGAUCCUCAAUAUUAUUCAAAAGAUCCUUCGUGAUUUCGUCUCAUCUUGGUACCGGGCAGUAAGCCGGGAGCAGAACUUUGAGAAGGAGGUGGAGAAAGCGAUGGUGGGGUUGGCUUUGGAGCUGAGGAAGAGGAUGCACUUGGUGGACAAGAAGGCCUUGACCCAGAAGGUGCUCCUCCUGGCCGGGUGCCACCUUCAGGCCUACAAGAAGGUCCAGGAGAAAUGGAAAGAGGAGGCGGAAAGCCUCGGAGGACCUCCUGAAGAGGCCGGCAGACUCUGGCAAGCCUACUGCGAAUUCUCAGAACCUCACUUGGCUGUCCAGAGCCCUACGCAUCAGGUGGAGUAUACCAGGCGUGUGGUGGACUCGCUGCUGCGGGUCUUGGUGCCCGAGCCCCAUCUGGAAAGCAGGACGGGGCGCUUUGUGGUGGUGGAGAUGGUGACCUGUAACGUGUUGAUGCCCGUGAUGAACAAAAUGGCGGACCCCGACUGGCUCAACCAGCUGCUGGUGAACCUUUUCUCCAGGAAAGCCGCCGCCACCGUCGAGAUGGCUUCCCCGGAAGUAUUGCCCGCUUCCUCGAGCCAACCCGUGGUGCCCGGUGCUGUGUUGCCCCCAGACCUUCAGCAAGAAAUGGCUACUGAGGGCGAUAAAGCCCUACGGGGGGAUUCCGAACCUUUCAACAGGAACGUGGUCGAUAGCUUGGAAGACUUCCUGAUGGAGGGGAAGGAGCCCGUGGACAGAGCACUGAGCACUCCCGUGAACGAGAAAGAGGAUGGGAGCGUGGCCGCGCCCCUGCUUCACCCUGGCACCCUUGGGUCCUUCUUCCCCAGUGGAGACUUGGAAGUCGAUUCCCCCAUGUCCGACGCAGGGAAAGACUCCAGCUCCUUGAUCGUCGUGUCUGCCGAAGAACUCUUCGCUAGCUCCCUUCUUGAUUUGGAAGGCCCUCUUGAGGUGGACCCAGAAGACAGUUUGGGAGAGAAAGACAGGUGUGCGGAGGAUGUGGUGGAGGGCUUUCCCUCUGAGGCCAACCUCCAGGCCGCCUCCCUCGGGCUGUGUCCUGACAUCCACAUAGAGACGGUGGCUGAAGACCCCUUAGUUUCUUUGACUGAGCUUUUGGCGGACCCAGAGAAGACCUUCUUGAGAAGGCCAUCCUACUUGGGGAAAGAACUGGAGCCACCUGGGAGCUUGGCACACAGCCCUCAAUACCUGGCCCAGCCCCCAAGCCUACUUUCUUCCUCCCCUACUGCCCCGAUGGGCACGUUCAGCUUUGAGCCCCUCAGUCCUGAUGGUCCCGUCAUCAUCCAGAAUCUGCGUAUUACAGGAACCAUCACUGCUCGAGAACACAGUGGGACAGGAUUCCAUCCUUACACCUUGUACACUGUGAAGUAUGACACAACGUUAGACAGUGACAGCACUAACAGCCUCCAGCAAGUGGCUUAUCAUACAGUGAACCGAAGAUACCGCGAGUUCUUGAACCUGCAAACCAGGCUGGAAGAGAAACCAGAUCUACGAAAGUUCAUAAAAAACAUAAAAGGCCCCAAAAAGAUGUUUCCGGAUCUUCCGUUUGGUAACAUGGACACAGAGAAAGUUGAAGCCAGAAAAAGUCUCCUAGAAUCGUUCUUGAAGCAUUUGUGCGCAAUUCCCGAGAUCGCCAACAGCGAAGAAAUGCAAGAAUUCCUCGCCUUGAACACGGACGCAAGGAUUGCCUUCGUCAAAAAACCGUUCGUGGUCUCCAGGAUCGAUAAGAUUGUAAUGAAUGCCAUUGUGGAUACCUUAAAAACGGCGUUUCCCCGACCUGAGCCACAGAGUCCUACAGAAGAGCUAAGUGAGACCGAAGUGGAUGGGAGGCAGUCGAUGGAUGGAAAGAAAUCCAAUAAGUCGAAGCUGAAGUUUACAUCUGGCAAAAUGCUAAACGUGGCCGGGACACCAGAGAAGAUUUUAUAUUCUUUCAGGGACGGCGUGAACGCCUCCGAAGUCCUCUCCCUGGCAAGGAUGGAGUCCUUUAUUCAAAACCAGGAGAAGUUGCUGGAGGCCAUGACCAGUGAAGGUCCAGAGAGAGAGGGUGAUGAAGAACCUCCCUCAGAUUUGAACCCAAAGCCCGCGGAGGUGCUGCAGCAAACAGCGGAGGAAGACACAAAUUCUGGACCAGAAACUUCGCUGGCAGACGUCGUUCUGGACCUCCUUUGUCUGAUCAUGGUGGACCAGUGGAGUUGGCUGUGGUCCGAGAACAUGCAGAAGUUCCUACACCUGCUCUUUGGGACGUUAAUCCAAAGGUGGCUUGAAGUCCAAGUAGACAACUUGACCUGCACCCAGUACUGGGUGCAAUAUCUUCGGCUGCUCCAGGAAUCCAUUUGGCCUGGCGGAGUCUUGCCCGGGGUGCCCAAACCACUCAGGACAGAAGAGCAGAAGGCUCAGACCAAGGAACAGGCCCUGCAGAUCCUCGUGGCAAUACUGCCUGACUCACUGCAAGAAUUCCUAGGUGUCACCAAAUGUCAACAAAGCUGGAGCCUCGUCUUAGAAUCCAUGCAGCAUCCAAGCAUCAACAGGCACAUAAUUUACUCUCUCGUGGAUAUCCUGAUGGAGUUUUUGAUCCCCGAUUCCCCGUUGGAGGCGCCCCAAACAACGCCGAUAACGACUUCAGGCUAUGGAGCCGCUGAGAGAGCUAACACUUCAACCCGCUAGUUCCUACUGCGAGGCGAAGAGAAACCCAUACACACCCCCUAGACAUGAUCUCAUAUGAUACUUUGCUGUUGGUCUGAUCCAGAAUCUGUUGACCAAGGACCAAUAGAUAGAAUUCUGGUAGAGACCAGCGAUUCCUGCAGAGGAUGUUCCAGAGCUGUUUCUGCACAAUAAAAUAGUAUCAGUUCCAGAACCUGGAAGGAAUUGCAAAGUAUUUCAGGAAUGAGACGAAAUAACCUCUUAAAUGUGAACAAUCUGGAGAACAGGAUGAGACUUUAGAUACAUUCCCCGGAUGGAUGUAAUUUUGCUUCCUGCAUGUCUUGUUUUAAUUUACAGGAAGUUUUGGUGCUCUCAAAAGUACUUAUAUGAGCAUUCCAUGACAUGACCUCUCUCUGGGUUUUUCCUUCCCAACCAAACCAUUCCAAUGAGCAAAACAAGCGGCAAUUAAUUCCCGUUUUUGCUUUUUAUUCUGCACAUCAUGUCUUUGUCCUUGAAACUUAGCAGUAUUCCUGGAAUCUCGGAACUACCAAGUGUUAGAAGGUUUGAUGGCGUUCCAAAAUUGAUGUAAUUGGCUCAAGUCACUUGUGUCUGAAGAGAUGACAGAACCCAGCUCAACCCUUUUGCUGCUCCUCAGCCGGCUUUGAAGAAGUUUAUUGCUAUUUGUUCCCCCAUCUAGGAAGCUGUUACUCCUUUAGCUCAUUGGGAUGGCUUGCGUACCUUUUACGAUGGACUUGCUGCCAAGGCCAAACCAAAUUGGAUGAGUCUAGAUCAGCCAUAUAUCGAUGCGCCCAACCAAGGGAGGUGUUCACGGAUUCUUAAGUGUGGAGAAUGGAGGAGAGCUUCCUUUGUUUGUCAGCCUACAUUUAAGUGUGUUUGCAUGGGAGCUCGAGUCCUUGAGUUGAAUACGUGUCAGAAUUAAAGUUGUCGUUUGGCUAAA